AAAAAAAAAAAAAAAAAGCAAAAGCGAAAUCCCUCACGCCUCGCCGGGCAACCGCGACGGGGGCCGCAGAUCCCGCCGCCGCGGCCGCAAUGCCCGACGACCCGCCCGCCGGCGCCGGCGAGGCCCCCUCGACCUCCCCGCCGGCCGCCGCCGCGGACGACGAUGACCGCGUCUUCCUCGUCCUACACCGGUGGUGGAGGGACGCGCAGGAGGGCGCCGGGAUCGAGGCGGCCGGGGUGCCCUACGCCGCGGCGCCGUCGGGCCCCACCUCCUACGGCAUGAAGGUGCUCAGCAUGUUCAUCUCCGACCAGGCCUUCACCCUCCGCCGCGCCGACGACCUCGUCCAGCCCCACGACGCCUCUGCCCCCGCCGCGCCCUCCUCCUCCAGGGCCUACGCCCUCGUCGCCGCCGACCUCUUCGCUAGGGCGCGCGCCUGGCAUACUGAUUCUGGCAAGAAUGGGGGAAAAAAUUCAUUGUUUCCCGAAGAAGGAUCUGUAAACAUUUAUCCUAUAAUGCUUAGAGUAUCAGUCACGCGAGAUACAAAUGCACUAACAGUGAAGAUCAGCAAAAAGGAUAACUCUGCUGAGAAUUUUAAACGAGCAAACAAGAUUUUGACUGCAGAUUCUGAGCCGGUUCAUAUAUGGGAUUUCUCUGGACGAACAACUUUCAUAUUGAUGAAUGAGUGGAAUCGAGGGCCCCAAGAUACUCGGUCUUCUGAUCAGGAGAUGCCUCUAGAAAUACACUUCUUUGAUCUGUCGGAACCUAUGGCAAAUGGUUCCAAUGGGAAAAAAGAUGAGUUAUCAUUAACAAUGAGCCGUUCAAUGAGCAACGGCAGCAUCAUGGGCAUGGAUCUGGAUUCAAGUGGAAGCUCUAAGCAAGUUGGUACUGGUUUAACAGGACUGGACAAUCUUGGAAACACAUGUUUCAUGAACAGUGCAGUCCAGUGCUUAACUCAUACUUCCAAGCUGGUUGACUACUUCCUUGGAGAUUUCUAUAAAGAAAUAAAUCCUCAUAACCCACUGGGGAUGAAGGGUGAGCUUGCAUAUGCAUUUGGAGAUUUGUUGAGGAAGCUAUGGGCUCUGGACAGAACCCCUGUUGCACCUCGCCAGUUUAAGGGAAAGCUUGCACGCUUUGCCCCUCAAUUCAGUGGCUUUAAUCAACAUGAUUCCCAGGAGCUUCUGGCUUUCUUGUUGGAUGGACUCCAUGAGGACUUGAAUCGUGUGAAAUGCAAACCAUAUUAUGAAGCAAAGGAUUCAGAUGGCCGUCCAGAUGAAGAGGUCGCGGAUGAGUACUGGGGCAACCACUUAGCCCGGAAUGAUUCUAUUAUAGUUGAUAUCUGCCAGGGUCAAUACAAGUCGACAUUAGUUUGUCCAGUUUGCAGGAAAGUAUCUGUAACAUUUGAUCCAUUCAUGUAUCUGUCUUUGCCCCUGCCUUCAACAACUAUGAGAACGAUGACCAUAACAGUCUUUAGUACCGAUGGGAUUACUGGGCCAUCUCCAUAUACUGUAAGUGUGCCAAAAUCUGGGGAUACGAAGACUCUUAUCGAUGCAUUAAGCAUUGCUUGUUCGUUGAGAGGUGAUGAACGUCUCUUGGUCGCUGAGGUCUACAAUAGUUCCCUUAUCCGGUACUUGGAAGAACCUUCUGAAGUCAUCUCCUUAAUCCGAGAUGGAGAUCGGUUAGUUGCAUAUAGACUUCCAAAAGACAGUGAAGAUGCUCCUAUAGUGGUGUUCAGAAACCAAAGGAUGGAGUCCACACUAACUAGUUUUGGCAGGAAAUCCUGGAAAACUUUUGGCACUCCACUUGUGUCAAGUCUUCCUGACACAAUCAAUGGGAGUGCCAUAUCUGAUCUUUUCCUAAAGAUUAUGACUCCAUUCCUAGUAUCAAAAGAUGAUAGUUCAGAUGCUGAUCACAUAAUUGGCAAAAGCAGUCCUGUGGAUGAAACUGCAGAUGUUGAUAUGAACUCUGAUGCUACAGAGUCAACCAGCAUAAACAACAAUGCUUGUGAAGAUGAAACAAUGACUGAAGAUGGCAUGCAAUUUUACUUGAUUAAUGAGAGGUUUCCAGACCAACGCAUGAAGAUAGAAAUGGACCAACCUAUUAGGCUUACUGGUUCACAGAAGCGUCUGCAUGUGGUGGUGUGUUGGCAGGACAAUGGACUAGAGCAAUACAAUUUUGGUUCUUUAGAUAAUCUUCCAGAGAUUUACAAGGCUGUGCUAUUCUCAAGGAGACCACAGGACACAUGUUCUCUGUAUGCAUGCCUUGAAGCUUUCAUUAAGGAGGAACCAUUAGGCCCUGAAGACAUGUGGUAUUGCCCAGGCUGUAAAGAGCAUCGGCAAGCUAGCAAGAAGUUAGACCUUUGGAGGCUACCAGAAAUCCUUAUAAUACACCUGAAAAGAUUUUCCUACAGUCGAUAUACCAAAAACAAGCUAGAGACAUGUGUGGACUUCCCGGUUCAUGAUCUUGACCUUUCAAAGUAUAUCGGUAACAGGGGCCAACAGAUGUCCAACCACUAUCAACUGUAUGCUAUUAGUAAUCACUAUGGAAGCAUGGGAGGUGGUCACUAUACUGCGUAUGUUUACCAUGAAGGGAAGAAGGGGUGGUAUGACUUUGAUGACCGUCACGUGGGUCCAAUAAGUGAGGAGAGUAUAAAGACAUCGGCAGCUUAUGUUCUUUUUUAUAGGCGGAUACAGGAUGAUGAUAGGUUAGAUACAGAAACAGGAAUAGAUUCUUCUGAUUGUACAACAUGAUUAGUGUCGGCGACUUUCUCUCAAGUCCGUCCAGACAUUGUAUAGAGUGAUUGAUUGGGGAGACAGUUGCCGCUGCACUGCAACGAUCCAAAGCAAUUGAUUCAAGAGUUUGAGGUAGGAAGAAGCAAGAUGGAGAUUGGAGAGCAGACAGCAGCAGCAACCGUCAUUUUUGCUGCAUCAUGGUACAACAUAGGGAAGAAGAAUUGAAGGUAGUGAAAGCGAAAAGGAGGAACGGAGACAGGAAAGUAACAGAGGGGUGCUUGUCAUGGAAUAUCUGGUGCAAAGGAGAAGAAAGAUUGACGUGAAGAGAAACCGACAGUCCAGCAGAGCAAGGUAGGCUGUUGUAGUAGGUUUACAUACCCCCUGAUAUACAAAUGUGUUUGCCCAGCCCAGGAUUUGAUGAGAAAGGGAUGGGAGAUGCAGAAAUUGUCGUUGUAGUUCCGAUCCCUUGCUGCAUAUGCUGACUCGUUUCUCCUUUUUUGGGUUCGUUUACCUGACUGUAAAACUGGUCGUGGUAAAUUUUGUGGCCCGUGCUGCCCAACGAAGGCAGCCAGGAAAUCUCAAUACAACCUGAAACCGAUUUUGGUCUGUUUACCUGUC